CCUGGAACGUACCUCCGCACCUCGGGUGGUCCUGGGAUAGCUAUGGAGACACCUGGCGCGUCCACCCGGGCGCUUUUGCUCUCAGCUGCGCCGGGGUCCCGGAGAAAGCGCGCAGCCGGGGAAGCUGCGGUUGCGACAAACAAGCAGCGGAUCCUGGACGAGGAAGAGUACAUCGAGGGCCUCCAGACUGUUAUCCAGAGGGACUUCUUUCCUGAUGUGGAGAAGCUACAGGCACAGAAAGAAUACCUGGAGGCUGAGGAGAAUGGAGACCUGGAACGGAUGCGCCAGAUUGCCAUCAAGUUUGGCUCUGCCUUAGGAAAAAUGUCCCGAGAGCCCCCUCCACCCUAUGUGACUCCAGCCACAUUUGAAACCCCUGAUGUGCAUACAGGCACUGGUAUGGUAGGCAACAAGUCCAGGCCAAGGGGCCGAGGCCUGGAGGAUGGUGAUGGAGAGGCAGCAGAAGAGGAGGAGAAAGAGCCCCUACCUAACCUGGAUGUCUUCCUGAGCCGGUACACAAGUGAGGACAAUGCUUCCUUCCAGGAGAUCAUGGAGGUGGCCAAGGAGAAGAAUCGGGCCCGGCACUCGUGGCUCUACCAAGCUGAAGAGGAGUUUGAGAAGAGGCAGAAAGAUAAUCUCACACUCCCAUCAGCAGAGCACCAAGCCAUUGAGAGCAAGCAGUCUGGUGUGGAAACCUGGAAGUACAAGGCCAAAAACUCCCUCAUGUACUACCCAGAGGGUGUCCCUGAUGAAGAACAGCUGUUUAAGAAGCCCCGGCAGGUGGUGCAUAAGAACACUCGCUUCCUCAGAGACCCCUUCAGCCAGGCCCUGAGCAGGUCCCAGUUGCAGCAGGCUGCCGCCCUCAAUGCCCAGAACAAACAGGGGAAGGUGGGCCCCGAUGGCAAGGAGCUGAUACCCCAAGAAUCCCCCCGAGUGGGUGGAUUUGGAUUUGUUGCCACUCCUUCUCCUGCGCCUGGUGUGAAUGAGUCCCCACUGAUGACCUGGGGAGAAGUCGAGAAUACACCCUUGAGAGUGGAAGGAUCAGAAACCCCCUAUGUGGAUAGGACACCUGGACCAGCUUUCAAGAUUUUGGAACCAGGCCGCAGGGAGCGACUGGGACUGAAGAUGGCCAAUGAGGCUGCUGCCAAGAACCGAGCCAAGAAGCAGGAAGCCCUUCGGAGAGUGACGGAGAAUCUGGCCAGCCUCACUCCCAAAGGCCUCAGCCCAGCCAUGUCCCCAGCCCUGCAGCGCCUCGUCAGUAGGACGGCCAGCAAGUACACAGACCGGGCCCUGCGGGCCAGCUAUACACCAUCUCCAGCACACUCCACCCACCUCAAGACCCCAGCUGGUGGGCCCCAAACCCCCACGAGCACACCAGCUCCGGGCUCUGCCUCACGCACCCCUCUCAAUCAGGACCCAACCUCCAUCACAGACAACUUACUACAGCUCCCUGCCCGCCGCAAAGCCUCAGACUUCUUCUAGAGCCAGGCCCAGCCUGAGCUUGUGGAAGCUUCCCAGAGCCUGUGGAGCAGCUGUCACCCAGCAGAGGACUCUGGCCUUCUCGGGAAUCAGGCCUGGACCAAAAAUCUUGCCUUUCCUAGGAGCCACAGAAGGAAGAUACUGUGCUAGCUAGGCUGGCACGGGACAUACCCACUUGGUCCUUGGGGUGCAUCCCAGGGCCUUGCUGAUACUGUUUUCUAUUGAUGCCCCCUCCCCACUGUUUCUAUUUAAGUGUCAUUAAAAAGCACUUG